AUGUUUUUGUUUUCCUUUUUCCUUCGAGAAGAGAGGGGCAGAGGAGGGACACGCUUUUCAUACGACGUCGUCAUCGAGCUUUUGGGUGGGAGAGAGCUUGAUGUAAUUGACGAUGAUGCUGUUGAUGCUGUUGUUGUUUUGCUUACCUGCAGGUUUGAGUAUACUCUAUAUUCUACAUUAGUUAGAGUUCCACGACAUUUGAGUGAGAAGGGGGGCCGGGGGGAGAGUGGUGAAAUCUGA